AUGCUAAGUAGUUGGGAGAAAAUCUUAAUGACUUUGGCAACUGGUGAAUUUCUAUUGGGCAUUCUGGUGAAUGGAUUCAUAGCUUUGGUGAAUGGCAUUGACUGGGUCAAGAGGAAGAAACUUCCACCAAGUGAUCUCAUCCUGUUCAUCUUAGCCAUUACCAGAAUUGGACUGUCAUGUGGAUUAAUGUGGAAUAUCUAUUUAACUUUAAUCUGCUUCAAUAUACCCACCCAUGUAAGAAUAAUUGAUGUCUUCUUGGUACUGACUCACAAUUCAAAUAUAUGGUUUACCACCAUCCUCAGCGUCUUCUAUUUCCUGAAGAUCACCAAUUUCUCUAAUCCCCUUUUCCUCUGGAUGAAAUGGAGAAUUGACAGGAUAAUCUUCAUGCUUCUUGUGGGGCCCUUGAUUGUCUAUUUUUCCAUUAUCUUUCCAAUGAUGCAGAUAGUGCAUUAUUAUUAUGGUAGCCUCUUUAGUAGAGGAAAAGAGAGAAAUGUGUCACAGGAAGUCCAAGUGAGUAAAAGUAAGCUCAUCAUGCUCCAGGUUCCCUUGGGUCUUCUGAGUCUUAUUCCUUUUAUUCUGUCUACAAUCACCUUCUCUCUGAUCAUUGUCUUCUUGUGGAAGCAUACCCAACAGAUGCAACUUAAUUCCACAGGUUCCAGAGACCCUAGCACAGAAGCACAUGUUCGGGCCAUGAAAGCUAUGUCUUCCUUCCUCAUCCUCUUUUUAUUUUAUUAUAUGGGUUUCUUUCUCAACUACUGGAGCCACUCAGAGACAAAGAGUAAGUUGGCCUCCUUGUUGGGUAUGUCAAUCAUGUUGUUCUAUCCCUUUGGCCACUCAUUGAUCCUAAUUCUGUGGAUUAGCAAGCUGAGGCAAGCAUUAUUCUGA